AUGACAGACUUUAUGUUAGGCGAAAGACCAUCCAAGAGACCCUUCUUUGGUUCAACCAAUCCUUCCAAUUUUUUUGACGAUGACGAUGAGCAAUAUUUUGCUUUUAGCAAGGCUGCAUCUGAUUCAGGUGGUUAUUCAAUGGUUGGCUUAACAAAUCCUUCAUCAUCCAUCAUGCCAAAUGGUUCUCAUCACGCUCUCAAUGAUAACAAAGAUGUCUCUGUCAUGGAUACCUCUGUGGGUUCCGGGAACUCGCUUUCAAGUAAUUGUAACGCUUCGAUGACUACUCUUGAUGAUGUUAAAUUAAAUGCUCCUAUUAAUAAUAAUAAGGGUGCAAGUGCAAAUACUGACGUCACCAAUGUUAGCUGCAAGGCAGAGCCAGGCAGUAAGGAGACCACCGAGCUUAACAAGAUUGGCAAGUCCAACUCUGUCAAAUCACCAUCAACCGCGUCUUCCUCUCAACCAACAACGACCACCCCCCAACAGCCACCAUCAACAAAUAACAAAAAGCGAACUCGUGCUACCCCUGAACAGUUAGCAAUUUUAGAAGAUACUUUUAAAACAAAUACGUCUCCCAAUAGUAAAGUUCGCGAAGCUUUAGCUGAAAAAGUAAACAUGUCCGAACGUUCAAUUCAAAUUUGGUUUCAAAAUCGUCGAGCUAAAAUGAAGGCGAUGCAAAAACGUGCACACUUAAUGAUCAAUCAAGACACUAUUGGACAUCACUUUAUGGCUUGUAUGCCCGGUUAUGGACAUAACUUGUUCCCUUACCGUAUGCCCAUUCAUCAACGUAUAGCUUUACCUAGAUCUUAUAGCGCAAAUGAUCUUUCACCUCUUAACAAUGUCAAUGCUCUAGGCAUGCGCUCUGCGCCAAAUUCUGCCGGACUUGGGAUCACAGUACCCCAAGUUCCUCAAGGAUUUUGGCCUUCUGGUCCUUUAACUGCACCAAUUCCUAUGACUACUAGUGAACAUUUGAUGAACGGUUUUCCUUUUUCAGCUAAUCCCCUUGUAAAUGCUCAACCACAAACCCAAUCUCAACGUUUCCCAAUUUCACCUAAUGCCAGUCCUAAUUCUAAUGCAAUGAAUUCGGCACAAGCGUUACGACUUGUUGUAAACCCCAAUAAUGGAAUACCGAUAAAAAUGAAUGCUUCAGUUAUCUCAUGUGAAACUCUUACGAUAGGAUCAUGGCGUCGUAUUUUAACCAUGUCAUCUCCUACUGACCUUUUAUGUUAUUACACUUUACCACAGAACAUUUUUACAUAUCAUAUUACAAAUGAGAAUACUCAAUUUAAGAUGGAGUUCCCACUUUCCGACAUAUUUUCAGUUGAAUUUAGACCUAUUGAUGAAGUUCAUUCACAAAUUGCAAUCGAAGUAAAGAGUCCACCUUCCUUCUUUAUGGAGGCACCACAUGGUGGAUGGAAUAUGUGCAAAGAUUUUACCGAAGACAGACAAGCAACUCGAAACAGGAGACAUGUAUUGAAAGGCCGUUCCGUUGUAAUGAAACCACAGCUUAUUAAACUUAUGCAAGUUGAUCAAAAUCUUGCCAAAGUUGUAACAAUAUUAGAUAUUCCAGCACCGGCUGAUCCAUUAAGCCCGGAUAUGGCUGAAGAUGAUAUCAUGAUGAAUAACAACGGACAACAAAAUCCUCCUCGUCGCUCGUCAUUCCCAGUUAGUGGACCGAUUGCAAAUCAUAUACAAUACUCUGAUCCUCAAAAAGGAAAUAUUAAACAUGAGAUGAACCUUUUAAAUCAAAUGGUCCGUGUUCAACGUCGAUCUGCUUCAGCACCAAUAUCACCCUCGGAAGAAAAUAGAAACUCCUCUUUAGGAAUUCCAAUGUCUCAACAAAAUCUUCAAAUUGAUACUUCAACAAAUUUCCUCGAAAUGUUCAAAGCCGAUAGUUCUCCAGAAUUCUGCUCUUCACCGAUGGAACUUAACUCUUCACCAUCCACUCCUCUUGAUGUAUUUGACAAUUCUCCAGCCUUAAUGGAUUCAUCACCACUUUUAAAUCAAGAUCCCUUCGUAUCUUUACCUUCACAUAAUUUAAGUAAUCUUACCUUGGACUCUGUUACAUCCACCUUACUUUCUGAUGAGCAAGUAGCAGCCGCAAUGGUUACGUUUGCCCCUCCAAUGAACAGUCAUGAUCUACAAAAUGUAUCUAACGAAGAUUUCGCAAAUAUGUUUAUGAGCAGUGGUUCAGAUACUGCUUCAGAUGGAAGCGAAUUCUUAAAUUUUAACGAUAACAUUCAUGGUAAUGACAAUUAUGGUUCUAAUACGAUGAAUCUCGACACUUCUGCUUGGGUUGGAGAUGUUGCAUAUUGCUAA